AUGGGGUCAGGUUGUUGGACCGUUGAGAAAAGAUCCACUUUGAGAAAUGACUCCUUGUCUAGAGAAAGUGGAUCUGUUCCUGAAACUGGGUGUCUAUCUGUAGUUGUACUCGGGGCUUCUGGUGAUCUUGCAAAGAAAAAGACUUUUCCGGCCCUCUUCAACCUUUACCGGCAGGGCUUUUUGCUGUCCAAUGAAGUCCAUAUAUUUGGCUAUGCGAGGACCAAGAUUUCGGAUGAUGAGUUGAGAAAUCGCAUACGUGGAUUUCUUAUCCAGGGCAAGGGUGCUUCUGAUGAGCAGUUGGAAGAAUUAUCUAAGUUUCUGCAAUUGAUAAAAUACGUUAGUGGCUCCUACGAUUCUGCGGAGGGUUUUCAGUUACUGGAUAAGGAAAUAUCUGAGCAUGAAGUCUCGAAAAAAACCAUAGAAGGGUCAUCCCGUAGACUUUUCUACUUUGCGCUUCCUCCAUCAGUAUAUCCGUCUGUCUGCAAAAUGAUCAAGAAUUAUUGCAUGAAUAAAUCUGAUCUUGGUGGAUGGACUCGAAUUGUUGUUGAGAAGCCUUUUGGCAAGGAUUUGGAUUCAUCUGAGAAACUGAGCGAACAAAUUGGAGAGUUAUUUGAGGAACCACAGAUUUAUCGUAUUGACCAUUACUUGGGAAAGGAACUGGUCCAAAAUUUGUUGGUACUUCGUUUUGCGAAUCGAUUUUUUCUGCCAUUGUGGAAUCGUGACAAUAUUGAUAACGUACAAAUUGUGUUUAGGGAGGAUUUCGGAACUGAAGGUCGUGGUGGAUAUUUUGAUGAAUAUGGGAUCAUCCGCGAUAUUAUACAAAACCAUCUCUUACAGGUUUUUUGUUUGGUUGCAAUGGAGAAACCUAGUUCUCUAAAGCCUGAGCGUAUACGUGAUGAAAAAGUGAAGGUCCUUCAAUCCGUCCUUCCUAUUAAAGAUGAGGAGGUGGUUCUUGGACAAUAUGAUGGCUAUACAGAUGAUCCAACGGUGCCUGACAACUCAAACACUCCCACUUUUGCAACUGUGGUUCUUCGCAUUCACAAUGAAAGAUGGGAAGGUGUUCCUUUUAUACUCAAGGCAGGGAAAGCCUUAAAUUCAAGGAAGGCUGAAAUACGUGUUCAAUUUAAGGAUGUUCCUGGUGAUAUAUUUAAAUGUCAAAAGCAAGGAAGAAAUGAAUUUGUAAUACGCCUGCAGCCUAAAGAGGCCAUGUACAUGAAGCUUACGGUCAAGCAGCCUGGCUUGGAAAUGUCAACUGUUCAAAGUGAACUAGACUUGUCAUAUGGACAACGUUAUCAAGGGCUUACCAUUCCAGAGGCCUAUGAGCGUCUAAUUCUUGAUACAAUAAGGGGAGAUCAGCAGCAUUUUGUAAGGAGAGAUGAGUUGAAGGCUGCUUGGGAGAUUUUUACACCUCUGCUCCACAGAAUAGAUAAUGGAGAACUCAAGCCGACCCUAUACCAGCCAGGGAGCCGGGGGCCUGACGAAGCAGAUCAGUUGCUUGAAAGGUCUGGUUAUGUCCAAACACAUGGCUACAUAUGGAUCCCUCCCACCUUGUAGUAGCUUUGCAUGGUCGAACGAGAAUCCUUGGGUUUUAUCGGGUUCCACUUCUACCAUCUAUACAUAAAAUAGUCACUAAUAUAUUUGUCAGGGCCUGCUCUUUAGCAGUGUCCCGCGCUAUACCUGGAUAUAUGAUGUAAUGCCUUGAUGAGGUUACUCGUGGAGAGUGAGAAUCAUGUUGUGUGAUGAAAGCUACAUAACAAUAAAGGUGUUCGAAGCCAAUACAAGAUAGAAUAAGGCCCUGUUCGGCUAAAAAAGCCAUUGGCUUUUCUGCCAAAAAUAAGCCAAAUAAAUCCACAUAAAAACAAAAAUAAGCCAAUAAGU